AUGGCGGACACGGCUCUACACGACUGUCCCAUGCAGAAGAUACCCCUCGAAGUUCUCUUGCGAAUCACAUACCAUCUUGGCACGCCGGACCUCGGUAGCGUUCGCCUGACCUGUCGCUCUCUGGAACAGUCUCUCUACACAACUUUUGUCAAUGAAUUCUUCACCCGCAAGCAGUUCAUGAUAGCAGAAGACAGCUUGCAGGCCCUGAUAGACAUAUCCAACAGUCGCCUCGGACACCACCUGCGCCAUGUCCACAUUGGUCUCGACCGUUUCUCCGAAGGCAUCCAGCGGCCUCUGCCAGACGACGACAAGGAGCGCAGGUUCAGAGAGAGAUAUGCAAACAACUUUACAUUAUGGAACACUGGGCACCACAGGGAUAUGAUGGCCGAGGCCUUUCGCAACCUCCCCAAUCUGGAAGGCGUCGUCAUCAGGGAUGCCAACUCGCAGCGCCGGUCAAGGGACGGGCCCAACGCCGAGUGGCACAGCUACGGCUACACGACGGCAUUUCAUGACACGGGCAUUAGUUUGAGCCAGGGCAUGACUGGAAUUUGGAACUCGGGCUUCCCGUACCAGUAUUGCAGUCAGGUCUUCACCGCCGUCGUGUUUGCCUUGGGUGCGGCCAAUGCCAGGAUAAAGGGCAUCGAGAUCUUGUCCCGGAACGCCAACCACCUGCGCGACUUCGCUUUCAACAUCCCAAAGUUUAUGGAACCGUCCGUGGUGCCGGUGCUUCAGGGCCUUGAGAAGCUGCACCUGUGCAUCGACCUGUCCUGGCGCACUCCGCACAUGGGCUUGCCCGCCAUCGCGGGCUCGGGCCGCUACUCCCCAGACUUGUUCAUUAGAAGGUUCCUGGCCUAUGCGACGAACCUCAAGAACUUGCGCCUCAACGAGCAUCGGACCAACUCUGCCGGGCUGGUGAGCCUCAUUGACUGGAUGAUUGAUGGCGGCAGCGACGGAACGGCCAUUUCGAUGCCUAAACUGCAGGAGCUGAGCCUCGGUACAAUGAACAUCGACGCCCCCAGACUCUUGAAGCUCAUUUCUAAAUUUGCACCGUCGCUGGAUAGCCUGGAGUUGUGGAAAGUCACAAUGUUGCGACACUUGCCGCCGGAUGCGCCUAGCCCCGCGCCCAAGGAGGUUUUUUGGGCCCGUUUCCUGAGCAAACUCACCGAGAUCCCCGGCCUUGAGCUGAGGCAUUUAAAGAUGGGCAUGCUGCAGCAACACUGGAUUGAGAAGCCAGUGCCGGCACACGUCACCUUCAAAGGGACGGGCCCAACACGCCAGUACACGGGGCGAGACUGGAGGCAUUUCGUCGGCGAGAUCAAACCGCUGCUGGAAGUGCACUGGCCAUACGAGGCAGUGGACGAAACUGACGAGGACAACGAGGGUAAGUCAUCGGGUCUUGAGCUGUGGACGGGGCGGUUGCGACGUGCCUGGAUGGCUGACAGUGAAGUUAGUUACGGAUGA